AUGGCCGUCGUCGUUGGCUCCGUGCUGUACUUUUUCAAGCUUCUGAUGAAGCACCGCGGCAAGAUGGCCGAUCUGAAGAAGCAGGGCCUGCCCGUGGUCCCUCACAAUUUCCUCUUUGGCAACCUCCUCGAAGCCAAAAAGGCCUUUGACAGCUUGCCGCCCGGCGUGCACGCAAACUACGUCCUGGCUAAGCUGGCCGAGCCCUUCCCCAACGGUGCUUUCUACAUGGACACUUGGCCGAUGGCCGACCCGAUGCUCCUCAUCACGGACCCGGACAUGGCCCACCAGGCCGUCUACCACCCGGUCGUCGGCUCUCAGAAGCCGCCCAUGCUCACCGGCUGGUUCCACCCCAUCACCGGCGGCCCGAGCCAGUUCGACACCAACGGCCGCCCCUGGAAGCACCUCCAGAACCUCUUCAGUCCCAGCUUCAGCAACCAGAACAUCACCGCCGAGGUCCCCGUCAUCGUCGACGGCAUCCGCGUGUUCGCCGAAAGGCUGCGCGAACAGGCCCGCAAGGGGGACAUGUUCCGCCUGGAGCCCCUCGCGCUGGACCUCAUCACCGACAUCAUCGGCGAGGUCCUGCUCAACGUGCGCCUCGACACGCAGAAGCAGAAACACCCGCUCGCCGAGGCGAUGAAGGGCCAGCUGCGGCUCAAGUUCACCGCCCACAAGCCCGAGAACCUGCUGUCGCGCAUCGACCCCGUCACCCUCUUCCGCACCUGGAACGGUGGCCGCGUCCUCGACAACCACAUCAAGGAGCAGAUCGCCGCCCGCUUCCGCGUCCUGCGCGAGAACAAGGCGCACAACCGCGAAAAGGCGGAGCGCUUCCAGUCCGUCCUCGACAGCGCCAUCGAGAACUGGCUCGCGCAGCCGCAGAACGCGGGGCGCACGGCGCUGGACGCGGACUACCUCCGCAUCAUGACGCGCAACAUGCGCAUGUUCUUCUUCGCGGGCUACGACUCGUCGGCGGCCACCAUCGUCUACUGCUUCCACAACAUCUACUCCCGCCCGGACGUCCUCGCGAGGGUGCGCGCCGAGCACGACGAGGUGUUUGGCGCCGACGUGGCCUCCGCGCCGGCCAAGAUCGUCGAGAAUCCCAGUCUGCUCAACUCGCUGCCCUACACGAACGCCUGCAUCAAGGAGUCGCUCCGCCUGUUCCCGCCGGCGGGCGGCAUCCGCCAGGGCUCCGCGGACCUCGUCCUCAAGGACGCCGAGGGGAACCUGUUCCCGACGGAGGGGAUCGCCAUCACGAUGCUCCACUGGGUCAUCGGGCGGAACCCGAGAUACUGGGUCAAGCCGGACGAGUUCAUCCCGGAGCGGUGGCUCGUGACGGACCCCGCGGACAAACUCUACCCCCCGCGGGGCGGCUGGCGAAUCUUCGAGUACGGGUCGCGGCUAUGCGUCGGGCAGCAGCUCGUCAUGGUGGAGGCGCGGGCGGUCCUGGCCUGCAUCAUCAGGGAGUUUGAUAUUCGGGACUCGUUCGCGGAGAUUGAUGGGGAGCGGAAGCUUGACACAAGCGGGCUUGGCGGGCAGAGGGUGUUCAUGGUGGAGGCAGGCGCUGCGCAUCCCACGGACGGAUAUCCGUGUAGGGUUUCGCUGAGUGGAUACAAGGCAUGA